AUGGGUUACUUUUCAGAGGUCUUCGCCUCCUCGUACGGGACCAAGAGGCCCAAGUUCUUCUUUUGGUAUCCGCCGGGGACGACCAAGUCGGACAAGAAGCUUAUGCACAAGAUCGACUUCUUCAUCCUCACCUAUGCCUGCAUGAAUUUUUUCGUCAAGUGGCUUGACCAGGCCAAUCUCAGCAAUGCCUAUGUCAGCGGCAUGAAGGAGGAUUUGCACAUGUACGGAAACGAGUUCAACUUGGCCAAUACCGUGUACAACGUUGGUUCCAUCCUGGGCAGUCUCAUCAGUAACUUGAUCGUCACACGCGUCUCCCCUCGAUAUUGGUUACCUGGCUGCGAGAUUGCGUGGGGUCUCAUCACCAUGGGGACCUACAAGAUUUCAUCUUACAAUCAUUUGUAUCCGCUUCGGUUCUUCUUGGGCCUUUUUGAAGGAUCAUCUUUCGUUGGUAUCCAAUAUGUGCUCGGCUCUUGGUACACAAAGAAGGAAAUCGGCAAGCGAACCGCCAUCUUUACAUGCAGCUCUUAUGUGGGCACGGCUUUUGGUGGCUACAUCCAGAGCGCGGUUCAGGCUACUCUUGCCGGUCGCCAUGGUCUCGAGGCGUGGCGCUGGGUAUUUAUAAUAGACGGCGUCAUUACCGUCGGGACUGCUCUAUACGGCGUCAUCUUCUUUCCCGGGACGCCGGAUACCACGACCGCCUUUUACUUUUCGGCCGAAGAAAAAGCACGAUGCCGGGAAAGGAUGAAAGACGAAGGCGUUGUGAUGCAACAUAAACUGACCUUGAACAUCUUGAAACGCAUUGUCACGUCCUGGCAGUUUUACGUUCUCGCCAUACUCUUUGGUUUCUGGGAAACAACUGUGGGCAAAGUUGGUAACACGGUGUUUCAACUCUGGUUGAAAAACGUCCCCAGCCCAAGCGGCGAGCCAUGGUCCAUCUACAACAUCAACAACAUUCCCACUUCGUUGAACGGGUUCAAUAUUGUGAUGCUGCUGGCAGCCACCUGCUUCAUCGAUGCCACGGGUUGGCGCAUGGGCUACAUCAUGUUCCACCUCGCCAUGCAACUCUUUGGCACAGCGGUCCUUCUCGCUUGGGAUGUGCCUUUCGGUCUUCACAUCGUCGGGUAUCUCUUCGCGGCCUGCGAUGGCCCACUCUCAGCCGUCUACCUCUCGUGGGCCAACAUUCUCACGGCCCAUGAUUCGCAAGUGCGCGCGAUCACUCUGGCGAUGAUGAACGCAUUUGGAACCGCGGUCACCCUCCUGAUACAGCAGUUCCUGUACGAGGUCACCUCUGCACCCAAAUUCCGCAAGGGUUUCGCUGCCAGUCUCGGGUUUUUGAUUGGCAUGCUGGGGUGGGUGUUUGUGGUCCGAUUUUGCGAGUUAUGGACGGUCAAGCAUGCGAGCGACAAGGCCGUCGUCAUCCAAGGCCUCGAAGGCGGGGCCUCAACUGCAGACGAGAUGGAGGAAAAGGGGGCGACAAUCGACACCAGCCCAGUGAGCCCAGUGAAGCAGUAA